CAUUUUUAUACGACAAAAACAAACGAUUAAAUAAUGCAAAUUAAUGCUUAAUUAUUUUACUACGAGACUUCAGUACUGAGAAAACUGUUUUCGAAACGCGGAAGCGAAAGAGCGUAUGCAACAAAUACAGCGAUACCCACAAAAGUCAAGGAAAACAAAGUGCCAAAUACAAAAUAGCAACAACAACAACAGCAAUCACUUCGUCCACGGUGCUAAAUGUUUAAAGUAACCUUUUUUAACUAAAACCUGUGUACAAAAUUAAAGAGCAAUAAGUGCAACUAACUAUGGGAAACGCAGGCAGCUCAACGGCGCACAUGCAUCGUGAGCGUCACAAAUCAACCGACCUUUCAACGCCAAGCUCUCCCGCACAUUUUCGCGAUUCGGUAGGUGGCGGUGGUGCGGGGAGCGCUGGCCCUACCAGUGGUGGGGCAGCAGCAUUGGGUGGCAUUGGAGCGGGCGGCCAAGCUUUCUCGUUCGAUAAAAAACAUACGGCAGUCUUAAACGAGGGCUCGUCGCAAGACGACGAAAAUCCACAGCCAUAUUAUACGGGAGCUAAACGCACAGCUGAUAACGACGCAGUUACAGCAGAGGGUGGCUCAACAACAGCUGUUUUGCAAAGCGCAGUCAGCGGCGAGAAUACAAUGGAUGAUUUUAAUAAUGAUGAGCAGACGGGAGGAUCAGCAGCGGCACUAACUGGAGAUGAUGACGAGUUAAAGAAAACGGCUUUGCCGACGGUAUUGCGUUGGGAUGGUGGCGGUAAGAAUGUCACCAUUUCGGGCACAUUCUCGCAGUGGAAACCCAUACCUAUGGUACGCAGUCAUGGUAAUUUUGUGACCAUAAUUGAUCUGCCCGAAGGUGACCACCAGUAUAAGUUUUGUGUGGAUGGCGAGUGGAAACACGAUCCUAAGCUGAAAAGUGUUGAGAACGAAGAUGGCAUCAAAAAUAAUUUGGUUUCAGUACGUGCCUCAGACUUUGAGGUGUUCCAAGCACUUGCCAAGGACAGUGAGAAUGUCCCCAACUAUGCGGAAAAGGAAUACUCGCAAGAAGUGCCACAAGUCAAACCCUGGGAGAAAGUUUCGGGGCCGCCAGUUUUGCCGCCACACUUGCUGCAGGUUAUUCUCAACAAGGACACGCCACUCUCGUGUGAGCCCACAUUGCUGCCGGAACCGAAUCACGUCAUGCUAAAUCAUCUUUAUGCGCUCUCGAUCAAGGAUGGUGUUAUGGUUCUUAGCGCAACGCAUCGUUACCGUAAGAAAUACGUGACAACAUUGUUAUACAAGCCCAUCUAGGCGGCCCAUUAUGUACUUUAGUUGUAGAAUUCUACGUUUUCGUUACCAACGGCUCACAGCCUUCAACAAUUUCGUACUAACUGCGCUGUCAAAUUGAUUAACCUGAAAUGAUGUAUGUUUUAAAUGAUGUGUGUACUUUUAUUAAGCGUUGUAUUUUUUAUUAGUUAAAUAUAUGGAAUUGAAAACAUUAA